CGAUCAAAAACAGCUGUUUGACUGUCUGAAGCCACAAUUUACGUGCGCAAAUUCAUUUUAGUUUUUAUCAGCUUUUGUUUCAGAGCUUUUUAAUGGGAGAGCAAACAGUGUAAUCAAAGUACAAUCUGAAAAUUGAUAAGCGACUCACGUAAAAUGGACCCAAAAUCAAUUAGUUCCAGCUGGGGACUCUCCAAUAAGAUGCUGAUCGGUAUGAGCGUCGGCGUAGUCGUUGCUGGAGGGGCAGGGUAUUUAAUCUAUCGCCAUUUGCAUCGUGAUUUGAUGCCAGAGAAAUGGCGUCGCGUGGGCACCUUGCAGAAAAUUCACAUAUUUCCAGUUAAAUCGUGUGCUCCACUCCCUGUGGCCACCGAUCAGGAAUACGAUUGUGAUAUUCUGGGUAUUGGCAUUGGAAAUGUGCGGGAUCGGAAAUUUAUGAUAAUUACUAAUAACAACGAAAUGAUAACGGCUCGAGGUUAUCCGCAUAUGCUGCUCAUUCAGCCCAAGCAGUUGCCUAAUGGUUUGGUAUUCAGUGCACCGGGUAUGCCCGACUUGGAGCUGGAUUUUAAGGAGCUCGCGACGGGAUCGAAGGAUGUUGCCACAUCCGUUUGGGGCGUGGCCGUAGAUGUCAUGGUGUGUGGCACUCGGUUUGAUAAAUGGUUCUCGGAGUUCAUACUAAAAAAAGACUCGGGCCUGAAGCUAGUUUAUUAUCCAUACCCUGAGCCAGUGCGUGACACUGUUCCUCGACUUAAGCAUAUGCCUUUCCUGAGACAGAAGGAUUCAGGUACAUUUAAUGAUGCCACCAGCUACAUGAUGAUGAAUCAAUCAUCGAUCGACGAUUUAAACACGCGCUUAAAGCGCCCCGUCGAUGCACAGCAAUUUCGUGGCAACUUUGAUUUGAAAAUGGACGUGGACGAACCAUACGCCGAGGAUCAUUGGCAAUGGAUACGCAUUGGCGAUGAGACAGUCUUUCGAGUAGUUGCUCCCUGCACGCGUUGCAUCUUACCAAACAUUAAUGUGAAUACGGCGGAACGCGAUGUCGAUGGAGAGCCUUUGAAAACAUUACGCAGCUAUCGCUUGUUUGACUACCCAUCUCCGGCACUGGGAAUUCACUUGGGUAUCCGUCGCCAGGGAAUCAUUAAGGCAAAUGAUGUCGUUUAUGUUGAAGCCAAAUGAAAUAAAAACACAACUUAAGCGCAAUUAUGUAGAAAUAUACUUGUAUACAUUCAUCUUUCUUACAUUUAACAGAGAUUAUGGAUAGUAAGAAUGUGUAAUAAUAUGCAAAUAAACAUCGGCAUGAGCUAAUAACAAUGUAAA